AUGGAUCUAGUGUUCCUGGUGAUCAACGGCAUGGGGAUGGUGUUGGAUCUGCUGGUCAUCCUGCUGGAUAUCAACUUCUUCCUCGUUUCCACCGCCCUCUCAGCCUUGAUCUGGCUUAUCGCCUUUGUUUACAAUCUGCCCAAUGCCACGGUAGCCUGUCUGAGCCAGUUCUGGAAUGGGAUCUUGGUCGUUGUGCUAUGCAUCCUGGAGGCGUUGUACUACUUGACUCUGGGCUCUGUGCACGCAGUCCUCAACUUGUUGAGAGGAUUCUGCUCCAGCAUGGAGAGUUUGAAAGUGCUGGGCCACCUGUUCACCCACCUGGGCCUGAGAAGCAAAGAAAUUGUGCACCGAGGUUUCUGGAACCUGAUUGGCUCUGGUCAGACGCUUCUGAGACAGAUGUGUGAAGUGUGCGCCAUAGCUAUGAGCCUUGUGGCUUACUUCAUCAACAGCAUAAUCAACAUCUGCCUCAUUGGAACUCAGAACCUUUUUGCAGUAGGGCUGGCCCUGUGGGAUACUAUAGUUGGCCCCUUUCUGAGGAUCACAGACCUCCUGGUUGCCUUCCUUGCACGCCUCUCCAGCAGUGCCAUUGCUACGGCCAUUCUCCUGUGGACUCCCUGUCAAUUGGCUGUUGAUCUUCUGGCCUCAGUGAGCAAGCUGCUGAUCAACAUCUUCUUUGUCAACCUGUAUGGCAUGGUGUUGCUCUCUGUGAUGCUUGCCAUCAGCAUCUUUAUCCUGAACCCACAGCUGACUUGGACCGUGGCAAACCAAGUGGCUGGCUAUUUGAACACGAUGCCUUCCUACCAUCGCUUGCUCAGGGACAUGCAACGCCUUUAUCACAUCAUGCUCCUGUCCCUGGAGAUGCUGCUGAGCUCCCAGACCUGGCGUAGGUUGGCAGACUGGGGCCUUCAGGUGCUCAGUUGGAACAGGAACAUCUGGGCAGCUAACCAGCACGGAGAACAAGAACCGCAGCUGGUGCUUGAAGCUCCCCAAGAAAGAGCAGGGGGAGCUGCUGUGGGACAGAGACUGGCUCCACAAGAACCAUAUCCACGAAGACAAGGGCCAACGGUGAUCAUACGUCCCCGCCAAAGAGGCAGCAGGGACCAGACUAGAACGGAUAAUGAUCUGGGAACAGCCACACAACAGUUUCAGCCUCAGGGGGAAGGACCAAGUGUAUCCCAGACCAAAACAGCAAAAAAAGAGCAACUAAAUGCUUUGGAAGAAGACAACGACCCGUGGCGGCUUCUUAAAGAACAAGAAGAACGGAAGAAAUGUGUCAUUUGCCAGGAUCAAACCAAGACAGUCCUCUUACUGCCCUGCCGGCACCUUUGCCUGUGCCAAGAAUGCACUGAGAUCCUGCUGCAGCAGGCCAUCUACCAACGGAACUGCCCUUUGUGCAGACAGAUGAUCUUGCAGACUCUCAACGUCUACCUGUGAGCUCCGGAGGAAGCAGCUUGAUCUCCUUCCCA